AUGUCCAGAACUAUUCUUAUCACUACAGGGGCCACCGAAACAUUUAAGGAUUUGAUCCAAUUUGCAGUGUCCAAACAAUUCCUCGAAUACCUCGUCACGGAAAAUUUCACCCACCUCAUCGUACAAUAUGGACCUGAUCAAUCAAUAAUCUCCACCAGUUCACACCUCACCCCAGUCGACAACAACAAUAAUAACAACUCUGUCGAAUCUUGCCCUGCAAAAUCAAAUCUCCAGUUUUUCACAUUCAAACAACUGCUACUGGUGGAGACCUACGCGUUUAAUUCUGCUUUAAGCAACGACAUUCUCAAGGCAGACUACGUUAUCUCCCACGCGGGUACCGGAUCCAUCUUGGACUCAUUGCGGGCCCACCGUCCGUUAAUAGUGGUGGUGAAUAACCAGUUGAUGGAUAACCAUCAAGCAGAGAUCGCCAAAGCAUUGAAAGAUUUGGAAUUGUUGGAAUGGGCGGAGUUUGACAAAUCGAUGAAUGAUGAGGCAAAUUAUGAUCAGGUAAUCAAAAAAUUGAAAGCUAUACUAUCUAACGAUAUCAAAUUUAAGGAGUUUCCUGCUCCUAGAAAUGGGGUUUUGAACAAUAUUCUAGCCGAAGAAUUGGGUCUACUUUUUUGA